AUGAGAGCUUGCAGAGUAGCUUCUCACGCUCGCGCGUCUCUUACAGCGCAGAGAUGCUCCUCGGUCGCCCGCCAGCAAUGGCGUUACGCCAGCGGAGGUUCUCAUCGAGCUGGUGAGAAGUCGGGACUGAGGAAAGCAGUGCCCUUGCUCCUUACAGCUGGAGUCGGUGGCGGUCUUUACUAUCUGGACGAUUCUAUGAACGGGCCUCUCAAGCAGUUGCUCAGCGGCGAGAGCAAGCAGGAAGCUGAGCCCCGCAAGCCAAAGUACCAAAAAGCAGAAAUCGAAUUCGAAAAGGCUAGGAAGCAUUCCGAAUCAGCAGAGGAGAAUCGCGAUCUUAUCAGCUCUCAGCACGUCCAGGUCAAGAAGAGCUGGGAGAACCCUGGCGUUUAUGCUUGGGGCUCCAACGUUGGCAAAGUCAUUGACCCCAACUCCAAGGAGAACGUCGUCAAGCUUCCAAGGAGGAUCUCCUACUUUGAUGGCCAGCUGUUGCGGGACAUCAAGCUCACUCAGGGGUUUGGCGCCGCCGUCACGGAAAAGGGUGACGUUGUGCAGUGGGGAUUGGAUUUUUCGAAGAAGGACCCUACGCCUCAGGAGACUCUCAAGGGCAAGGACAUUUCCAAGAUUGCUGUCUCCAACGACCGCAUCAUUGCUCUUUCAUCAAAUGGCUCGGUUUACUCUCUUCCAGCAUCCCGUAGCGACCAAGAGGUCGGCGCAAAGUUGGAGCCUCAGUCGCAGUCAUCAUCCUGGAUCCCCUUCUGGAGCUCGAACGGGCCCGAGAGUGUCAACUUCAGAAACCUGACACCCAAAUCUCUGGGCCGCGGUGAAAAGGUGGUGGACAUCAAGAGCGGUCUGCAGCACUGCCUGCUCCUGACGUCCCAGGGACGCGUCUUCUCCGCCGCUGCCAGCACGUCUGAGUUCCCAUCCAAGGGCCAGUUGGGCAUUCCGGGCUUGACCUGGGCGACGCGCCCCAAGGGUCCCUACGACCAGCCCCAUGAGAUCAGCGGUCUCUCCGGGUUCAAGAUUGCCAAGAUCGCCGCCGGUGACCUUCACUCGGUUGCUCUGGACCAGGACGGAAAGAUUUUCACCUUUGGCGACAACACGUUCGGCCAGCUCGGAUUCCCCUACGACGCGACCUACCAGAAGCUGGAUGUACCGUCCCUCCUGCCCAUUGCGAAGCUCUAUGCCAAUAGCGGACUGGUCCCGAAGAUCACGUCCGUUGCCGCUGGAGGACUGAACACCUUUUUCACAGUGGACGCUACCGAGUCCGGCAAUCAGAACACCAGCGGCGACGUCUCCCCUUCACGCCGCAUGCCGCGUGUCACGGCGGAUCUUUGGGCCUGCGGACAAGGCGUUCUGGGAGCCCUGGGAACCGGCAAGUGGACACACGUCACUCCUGGCCCAGUCAAGGUCAAGGCCCUCUCGUCGCUCUUUGAGUUUGACGAGAAGUCCAACGGCAUGGCGCCCAUCCGCCUGUCCAAUAUUUCCGUCGGCAGCACGCACGUGUCGGCGACAAUGGACAACGUCACGCGAACAGGCGCCGGAUCCAAGGGCUCUGAGAGCGACACCAACUGGGGCGCGGAUGUGCUCUUCUGGGGCGGCAACGAGCACUACCAGUUGGGAACCGGCAAGCGCAACAACCUCAAUACGCCGAGUUACAUUGGUACGCUGGACGGCGGCGCGAGCGAUGCGCUCAUGGGCCGCGGCGGCGAGAUGCACCGGUUCCAGCUGACGCCCCGGCAAACGGUCCGGCUGGGCGAGGAUGGCAAGGGUAGGAAGGUGAGCUUGGAGCAGAGGGUGGAGUGUGGGCGGUUCGUGACGGCCGUCUACUCGGGCGUCUAG